GUAUUCAGUCAUGAUGGCUUAAUUUCCAGUAUCUAUUUACGUUCCUUGCUAUCAUACACACACGAGAAUGAUAACUGCGGCUGGCGCCCUGCUUGUGCGCGGGAAGAGUGAAGGAUAACGCGGCGGUGACAAGGGGACGCAGGAGAGCGCGGGGGAAGCGAGGAGGAGCCUGGCACUUAGGCGCGAGCCAGCCAGUGUUUUGUUGGUCGUCGUCGCGCAAGGACACGGUCGCUCUCCACUAACUCGCCCUUGACUCGCUCACUCAAGGCUGAUGUAAACAAAACCGGCUUGUCGCGUUUAUCUUUCUCAAUAAUCGUCUUGGUGCAAUCGCGUCUUAUUCCUCUUUGUGAAGUGUUCGCUACCGGCGGUUUCUGCAAAUAGAGAAACUUAUGAUUUCUUAAGUUGUAACUUUUAUUUUUCUUUAGUUUAUCAUAAUUAAAAAGUGAUAAGUCCGCGUGUAAGUCUUAACAUACGUAAGAGUGGUUCGCGUCCUCCUGAGUCUUAUGCCCAGACUAAAGGGAGCACAAGGGGACCAGUAAUGGGGCACGUUGUCGCCGGCCCCGUGCGUGCGUACACUGACUUUGGUACACGUGACGAUGCCUCCCACCCGCGCCGUGCUUUACUAGUGCCUCCGUGUGCUGAGAUGGUCUUGCCGCGUGUGCUGGUGCUUCUCCUGGUGUGUUGCUGCCUGGUGACUGCAGGUGCAGUCACAGGAGUGCGAACGUCCAAUGCCCCUGCCGGCCCCAUGUUGGUGGAGCCUCCCCCUGGAGUUGUGACAUUUACUAACAGCUCCGGGGCGUCAGUGGCGUGCCUGGCGAGAGGUGAUCCUCCCCCGCAGGUGGCCUGGCUCAACCUCGACCACUCCCCCGUCACCAACAUACCCGGCGUGAGGGAGGUCCUGAACAACGGGUCCCUGGUGGUGUGGCCCUUCAGCGGUACCGACUACAGACAGGACGUGCACGCGGCAGUCUACCAAUGCCGUGCCUCCAACCCUGUGGGAGUGGUCCUAGCGCCCCCCCACAACGCUACGGGCAGGUAAGAGAGGGACAACGGUGCUAGUGAGGUCGUUUAUUGCUAGACAGCGUGUGUGGAAACUGCAGGUGCGUUCUCUCUGUGGUUUAGAUGAUGCUACGGGUGCGCUUUCCUAAUGGCGGAGAAACUGUGAUAGUGAUGUGAUACUGUAGCGAUGUGGCUUUCAUUUCCUCGA